GCUGAUGGACUCCACCACAGCCACCGCAGAGCUGGGAUGGACCGUCUAUCCCGUGUCAGGAUCCAGCGACAACAGCUGGGAGGAGGUGAGCGGUUACGACGAGAACAUGAACACCAUCAGGACGUACCAGGUGUGCAACGUGUUCGACAACAACCAGAACAACUGGGUGAGGAGCAAGUACAUCCGGCGUCGAGGCGCACAGAGGAUCCACGUGGAGAUGAAGUUCUCUGUGAGGGACUGCAGCAGCAUCCCCAACGUUCCCGGCUCCUGCAAGGAGACCUUCAACCUCUACUACUACGAGUCCGACUCGGACACGGCCACCCGCACCUCGCCGGCCUGGAUGGAGAACCCCUGGACCAAGGUGGACACCAUCGCGGCGGAUGAGAGCUUCUCCCAGGUGGACCUCGGGGGCAGGGUGAUGAAGAUCAACACGGAGGUGCGCAGCUUCGGCCCCGUGUCGCGGAACGGCUUCUACCUGGCCUUCCAGGACUACGGCGGCUGCAUGUCCCUCAUAGCCGUCCGCGUCUUCUACCGAAAGUGCGCCCGCAUCAUCACCAACGGGGCCCUGUUCCAGGAGACCCUGUCGGGGGCGGAGAGCACCUCGCUGGUGGCGGCGCGGGGUGUUUGUAUCCCCAACGCCGAGGAGGUGGACGUGCCCAUCAAACUCUACUGCAAUGGCGACGGCGAGUGGAUGGUGCCCAUCGGACGCUGCAUGUGCAAGGCCGGCAACGAGGCGGUGGAAAACGCCACCGUGUGUCGAGCGUGCGCCUCGGGCUUCUUCAAGCCGACCCAGGGAGACCAGUCCUGCGCGCAGUGUCCCAUCAACAGCCGCACGACCAGCGAGGGCGCCAUCAACUGCGUCUGCCGCAACGGCUACUACCGCACCGACUCGGACCCCUUCCAGAUGCCCUGCACCACGGUGCCCUCAGCUCCGCAGACGGUGAUCUCCAGCGUCAACGAGACCUCGGUCAUGCUGGACUGGGUGUCUCCCCGGGACUCGGGCGGCCGCGAGGACGUGGUCUUCAACAUCAUCUGCAAGAGCUGCGGCGGCGGGCGUGGAGGCUGCACGCGCUGCGGGGACAACGUUCAGUUCUUGCCCCGCCAGCUGGGCCUGACCGAGCCCCGGGUCUACAUCAGCGACCUGCUGGCCCACACCCAGUACACCUUUGAGGUGCAGGCUGUCAACGGGGUGUCGGACCAGAGCCCGUACUCCCCCCAGUACGCCUCCGUCAACAUCACCACCAACCAGGCUGCACCGUCCAGCGUGUCCAUCAUGCACCAAGUGAGCCGCACCAUAGACAGCAUCACCUUGUCCUGGUCUCAGCCAGACCAGCCCAAUGGAGUCAUCCUGGACUAUGAGCUGCAAUACUACGAGAAGGAUCAGUCGGAGUACAACGCCACCACCAUCAGAAGCCAGACCAACACCGUGGUCAUCCGGGGCCUCAAGUCGGGGAACAUCUACGUCUUCCAGGUGCGAGCUCGCACCGUCGCCGGCUUCGGACGCUACAGCGGCAAACUGUACUUCCAGACCAUGACUGAAGCCGAAUACAACAUGAGCAUCCGGGAGAAGCUGCCCCUCAUCAUCGGAUCUGCGGCUGCCGGCCUGGUCUUCCUCAUCGCGGUGGUGGUCAUCAUCAUCGUGUGCAAUCGGCGUGGCCUGGACAGGGCGGACUCGGAGUACACGGACAAGCUGCAGCAUUACACCAGCGGCCACAUGACUCCAGGAAUGAAGAUCUAUAUUGAUCCGUUCACGUAUGAGGACCCCAACGAGGCGGUGCGGGAGUUCGCCAAGGAGAUCGACACAUCCUGCGUGAAGAUAGAGCAGGUGAUCGGUGCAGGGGAGUUUGGCGAGGUGUGCAGCGGCAACCUGAGGCUCCCCGGCAAGAGGGAGAUGUUCGUGGCCAUCAAGACCCUCAAGACGGGCUACACGGAGAAGCAGAGGCGGGACUUCCUCAGCGAGGCCAGCAUCAUGGGCCAGUUUGACCAUCCCAACGUCAUCCGCCUGGAGGGUGUGGUCACCAAGAGCAGCCCCGUCAUGAUCGUCACCGAGUUCAUGGAGAACGGAUCUCUGGACUCCUUCCUCAGGCAAAACGACGGUCAGUUCACGGUCAUCCAGCUGGUGGGGAUGCUGCGUGGCAUCGCCUCGGGCAUGAAGUACCUGGCUGACAUGAACUAUGUGCACCGUGACCUCGCCGCCCGCAACAUCCUGGUCAACAGCAACCUGGUGUGUAAAGUGUCUGACUUUGGCCUCUCUCGCUUCCUGGAGGACGACACCUCAGACCCCACCUACACCAGCGCCCUGGGUGGCAAGAUCCCCAUCCGCUGGACCGCACCCGAGGCCAUCCAGUACAGGAAGUUCACCUCGGCCAGCGACGUGUGGAGCUACGGCAUCGUCAUGUGGGAAGUCAUGUCGUACGGGGAGAGGCCCUACUGGGACAUGACCAACCAAGACGUCAUCAACGCCAUCGAGCAGGACUACCGGCUGCCUCCCCCCAUGGACUGUCCCAGCGCUCUGCACCAGCUCAUGUUGGACUGCUGGCAGAAGGACCGCAACAACCGGCCCAAGUUCAGCCAGAUCGUCAACAACCUGGACAAGAUGAUACGCAAUCCCAACACCUUGAAGGCCAUGACCCCGCUAUCGUCAGGCGUACACCUGCCUCUGCUGGACCGCAGCAUCCCGGACUUUUCCAGCUUCAGCACGGUGGACGAGUGGCUGGACGCCAUCAAAAUGGGCCAGUACAAGGACAACUUUGCCAACUCCGACUUCAACACUUUUGACGUGGUGUCACAGAUGACCAUGGAAGACAUCCUGAGGGUGGGCGUGACGUUAGCGGGCCACCAGAAGAAGAUCCUCAACAGCGUCCAGAUGAUGCGGGCCCAGAUGAACCAGAUCCAGUCCGUGGAGGUCUGACCUUUCCCCGAGCGGAGUCACGGUCCCGGAGGCGGUCGGGACGCGGGCCUGGCGGGCACCGAGGACGGAGCGGACGCUUUGCCAGUGUGGCGUUCUCCUCCACCCUUUACCCCCGCCUCUCCCCCCACCUCACCCCCCAUCCUCAGGGGUUGGCCAUGGAGACUUCUGAUGGCAAAAAAAAAAAAAAAAGAAAAAAAAACGAGUGACCAGCAACACUUUUCUCUUCCAUCUUUCACCACUUUUCAUUGGUACUUUGGUUUGUUCUCAUCAUUUUGUAAAGAAUUUUGUAAGGAAAAGGAGACAAACGGAGCUUGUGGACAUUGAAAGACAAGAAGAGCUUGUGAAUUGCGUGGGAAAGCUACCCUUUAAAAGGGCACCAUGGAAGGCAAGAAGGGUGUGGACAUACCCACCAUCAAAUGGACCCUUUUGGCACGGACUGCUGUCAGGGAAAUGUUCAUCAAGACAGAAAAAAAAAUCUCCUUCAUUUUUAAUAUUGUGUGAAAUGUUGUGCUGAAGACCCCCAGGAUAUUUGUACCUCGCCCCCUAGUGGACAUAUCAAGACUUUUGCAAAGCAUGCUGGGUAACACAGCCAACAUUCUUCCAAAUAGACUGUACAACCACUGCAGUUUCUCUAGCAUAAUAUUCAAUAUUCACUUCUUACCAUUUCUUUUGGGGUUUUUUUGCGCAACACGUCAACUCUUCCAUUGCAAUCAUGUACAUAAACGCAGCUCUGAUGGCGGGAAACAUGGGAGGGGCGUGUCACUACACCAUCGCUCCACGCUUGCGCGAAGGCCACGUCACUUCCGUUUGACAGCAGCUGUUUUUGUGCACGCAGUCACUGUUACCAUGGUUUUGUUAUGUGACAUCUUCGUUCGGCUAACAUAACAAUUAAUAACACAAUAUUUAUUUCGAAACCUAAAACGAUGUGCUCAGCAGCCUUAAAUGGCAAACAAAUCAAUAUUUGUGUUGCUACUUUAUUUACAUCAAUUCACAAUGCUGAUCAUUCAAAAGUCUACAUUUUGAUAGGACGCAUAUGUAACCUAUUUUUAUGGACUUGCCUCUUUGCGAUGUUAAGUUCCUGUUAUAAGCUGUUAUACAGUGUAUGCCUUGAGCUCUUAUUUUGAAGGCGCUAAGAGCGGAAGUGGUGACACGUUGUGGUGGAGCGGAGUUUGAAAACAAAGGAAAUAAAGUGGUCCAACGUGUCA